AUGAUACUGGACGAUAAUGUUGUAAUUAAUCCUCCAAAACCCUUAGACUCUACUGAAUUUGAACUCAUUAGUCUUCAUAAGCUUCUCACAGAAUGUUGGAGGAACAAAUCAUUCUACAAGGGAGGAGUAAUCCCAAAACCACUCUUUAGGAAAUAUGAUCAUCUGGGUCGUCACUCAACAAUUAUCGAUGAAGAACGAGAUUUGGACUCUGAACUGAGAUCUAUUAUGGAAUAUACUGAUCCUUCACUAAUACCUGACGAACUAAUGUUCACCAACAACUUUGAAACUUUGAACAGUACUCUUGAGAACCACUCGAGCCCUAAGCAGAAGCUGAGCACCAAGUUAAAAAGUAUGGAAUUAAAGGAAGAUAAUUAUAAACAUGAAGAAACCGAACACCCUCCGGUCGAGAAAGUUGAAAUGGAGAAUCUUUUUAACGACGAUUCCGAUGCGGUUGGAGAUUAUAAAUACUCUUUUUGUGAGGAAGAGGAUCACGACCAUGAAAUUGAAUAUAAACUGUAA